UCACCCAUACAAUUUUUUUUUUUUUUAACCACAUCCAGUCUGUGAAGAUCACACAGAAGCAAUUGGCAUGAACAAUCUUUACAGAUGGUUCAAUAACAGGUCUCCGAUGAAAAAUCACAGCUGUGUCGAAAGCAGGAUUUACGCUUGCAGUCAAUUCAAAUGCAGAUUGCGAUCUAACGAAAACAAACAUUGCUCAAAAGUUGUGUCGAACGAGUAAGAAAAUGUGAAGGGAGUUUAUUUUCCCUAUAUAUUCCUUCGAACCGCAAAUAAACAUAGCGAUGAAGAAUUUCCAAAGUGGGGGCCGACAGGCGAACUAUGUCCAUACAAGCUUAAAAGAUCUCAUUGCCCUCGCUUCCCAAAUUCUUAAAUGUCCAGCGGCAUAGCUUUUCGGUACAGCUUUUGGGUUCGUUAUUAACUGGCUACAAACUUCUUAAAAAGACAAGGCUGACAUCCACAAAUUCACAAAUUGGGACAGGUCAAGCAAUUCGGAGUUCUUUAAUCUUCACCAGCAAAAGGAAUGAAACAUCAUGAUUUAAAUUACAGUGUAUGAAGCUCCAUGCGCUCAAAGCAAUAAAGUUAAAAGUAAGUUUCAAAGUGUUAAGUUGGUUUGAAGGGUGAUGUGAUUCUGAUCAAGAAUUGCCCAACAUAAGCAAUCAAAUAUGAUGGGAGGAGGCCUCAUAGAAUUGGGGUGCAUAGCAUGCGAAGAACUGGGAGAAUUGGGAGCUGGAAAAGAAGGCUGGCUUCACACUAACCCUAACUUGAACCUCGCACUCACCUCUCAUUACCUGGCCCUCGCAAAUCAAUCUCUAGUUAUUGUUCUAAAUUAUGAUGGCGAGGGUUCCCAGAUUGUCAUCCGCCCGUCUAUGGCUGCAGCAGUGGAAGGACAUAUUACUGCAAUGGAAUGGCUGGUAUUUGAUCAAGAUCAAACUCUUGCUCUCGGCACUUCUCAGGGAUUUCUGCUUAUUUACUCCUCAGCCGGAGAUUUGUUACACAAACAGAUGCUACAUCCAGGUCCCAUUGUAAGACUGCGAGUUCAAGGAAAUGGUUAUAGACCAGUAGAACAUGCAAAUUCAAAUGAGCUCUGUAUUAUUUUUCCUGCUGCAAUCCUGCGUGUUGAUGCAUCAGAUUUACAGUCCUUGUUACAGAAGCGGCUUCAGGAAACAGGGUAUCAUGGACAUACUAGUAGAUUGACAAGAAAUGAGACUGAGGUAUCGGGUGGCCUUCAUGGAAAAAUAAAGUAUCAGAUGUGGAGUGUGACCAAGUCCGGAACUUGCACAGAUGGAGCAAUCACCGGCAUUAUGUCUCCACCAUUAAUGGAGGAUCAGUCAAGGCAGCGGUAUUACUGUGCAAUUACGGUUGGGCCUGAUGCAACAUUUGCAGCUUUCAGAUUAUCAGAGGACAAGAAUAAUUCUUUAGUGGGGGCAAUUUUGUCAAAGGUCAUGCCAGCCACUGUAUCAACAUUAACAUCAUUUGCUAAAAGGUUUUGGGGGAGCGCACAAGCAGAAGUAAGACCCGUUGAAGUUGAGCGCAAAAAAUUUGCAAGAGCAUCACUUAUGACAUGUUUACAAGAUUAUAAUAGGAAAGGUGAGAGGCUUGCACUGUCUCCUAGUGGUACUUUGGCUGCUAUUACAGAUUCUCUCGGUCGUAUACUCCUACUUGACACACAAGCUCUUGUUGUUGUGAGAUUGUGGAAGGGCUAUCGUGAUGCCUGUUGUCUAUUUAUGGAAGUACCUCUUAAUGCAGAUACACCUUCCAUGGAUACUGCUGGAAAUGAAAAGUUAAAGCAUGAUUUUUACUUGUGUUUGGCCAUUCAUGCUCCUCGAAGAGGUGUCGUGGAGAUCAUAAAUGGCAACUAGAGGCGGGAUCAUCACAGAAAACACAAAUGGAGUUUCAAGCCAAAUUCAGAAUUGAAGACAAGUCCACGAGCAAUGUUCUUCCAAGCAUAAAUUCGGCUAAGAAUGAGAAAUACUUCACAAAGGGAGUUCUUCUCCAAAUUCGAGGCACUUGAAAGAAUCUCAAGGCAUCAAGAAAGAAAAGUUCUCAGACUGGGUGAAAAUAUAGAAACAAUUUCAGACUUCUUGGGGGAUUUCAUCCAUAAUACUAGACCUAUGGAAACAAUCAGGACAACUUCUUGAAGGAUUUCAUCUCCUGAAGAAUUAAAGACAAGCUCCCAAUCAGAAUCAUAUGGUGACAAGAAGAAUCAAAUUUCCGUACUUGAACAAUUUCUUCACACAAAUUGGAGAAUUCAAGGAAGACACCCAACACGUUGAGGUGGCGCCUCAUCAUCUGCCGACCAAUCAGAUUGUUCCAAGUCAACAUGUCCAGGUUCAAUGAACCUGACUUAUCCACAAAAACUUCUAGAGGGCACACUUCACAAUGCAACAACCUUCUAUUUUUAUUGUUGGUUCAUAUUUAUCAAGAAGGACAAGUGUCCCCAAAUGUAAUUUUCUCAUUGGUGAGGG